AUGGCUGACUCAGUGUUCUCCUCUGCACGAAAGGCACACUUCUUCAAGCCCAUUCUCCGAGGCUUCAACACCAAAAACAACUCACGAUUAACCAAAGGAUGGGAAAAAUUCGCAGUGGCUCACAAUCUUUAGGUUGGCGACAUUGUUUUCAGACACGAAGGAAAUCUCUUGUUUCAUGUUACACCUCUUGUUUCGGUCACACCUUUUGGAAUGAGUUGCUGUGAGAUACUUUAUUCACAAAAAGAUGAGGAAGAUAACAAGAAAAAGACGGGUAAAACCUCAAUUGAUCUGAGUAAACUGUGCAAUGAGAUAAUUCUAAUGGAUGAAAAAGGCAGGCCAUCGAAAAUACAACUGUGUUACCAUAAAUCAAGUAAUAGUUUUUGUGCCAGCCGAGGUUGGAGAGCUUUCUGCUGCAUGAAUGGGCAUAAAACUGGUUGUUUCUUAAAGAUCGUAUUGGUCCAUAAUGGAAAAACACCCGUGCUUCGGAUUUUUCCUUUGGAGAGGGAUGAGGACGGCAUUGGAAAGUAUUCGGAAAAGAUUAAGCAAGAAGUAGAACAUGAGUCUGCGAAAGACGAGAAGAACGUGGAAUCAUUGUCUUUGUCAAAUAAUUCUAGCUUUGUGGUAUCUGUCACAGUUUCUAAUCUAAGGGAAGACAGACUGUAUCUUUCAAUAAAGCUUUCAAGAUCAAACAUACCGGAGGACAAAAUUCACGAGAGAAGUUUAAUACACAACCAGGGAAGAACAUGGGCGUUAUGUUUAAAAUACAGUAAAUCCUCCCGUAAGUUUAGCAUCUCACACGGCUGGAAAACUUUCUGUGAUGCAAAUGGUCCAAAACCUGAUUGUACUUUCAUAUUCAACCUGCAUCUUUCAAUGACUCUGUGGGACCAAGACGGAGUAGCAUGGGACAAGAGAUGAAAUUAGGUUGAAAUUCAUGAAUCCAAGACUCAGAUUCCGUUUGAAAAGUUAUGUUUGAAUCAUCCUGUUAUUUUUUUUGGAUUCAUCAGGUCGUUAAAAGCCUGCAUAUAAACAUAUUGCUUUGUGAAGCCUAAACAUAUUUGCUUAAUUGCAUUUUGUGCAAGUGGUAAAGUAUAAUGAUGAAAGGUAUAUCAUUUGUUCGCCUUUUGUGUAAAUUUCUUGUCGACAAACAAAAUGAUAUCGAGUCAACAAUUCUUGAGUAUCAUAAAUUAUAAGCUAUAGUAAGUGAAACUGUUAUCGAAUAUAAGCAAUUGUAUGUCAUCGACCUUCAAUUCAGAUACAGUGUCCAUCAAUGCAACACGAUACAAUCAAAGACCAGGCCUUAACUAGGAAACAUGGAAAUCCAAAAACACUUGCAAA